AUGUCUCCCUUCACGCCUCUCUCCCCCUCUUUCCUCACGUCUCUCUCCCCCUCUUUCCUCACGUCUCUCUCCCCCUCUUUCCUCACGUCUCUCUCCCCCUCUUUCCUCACGUCUCUCUCCCCCUCUUUCCUCACGUCUCUCUCCCCCUCUUUCCUCACGUCUCUCUCCCCCUCUUUCCUCACGUCUCUCUCCCCCUCUUUCCUCACGUCUCUCUCCCCCUCUUUCCUCACGUCUCUCUCCCCCUCUUUCCUCACGUCUCUCUCCCCCUCUUUCCUCACGUCUCUCUCCCCCUCUUUCCUCACGUCUCUCUCCCCCUCUUUCCUCACGUCUCUCUCCCCCUCUUUCCUCACGUCUCUCUCCCCCUCUUUCCUCACGUCUCUCUCCCCCUCUUUCCUCACGUCUCUCUCCCCCUCUUUCCUCACGUCUCUCUCCCCCUCUUUCCUCACGUCUCUCUCCCCCUCUUCCUCACAUCUCUCUCCCCCUCUUUCCUCACGUCUCUCUCCCCCUCUUUCCUCACGUCUCUCUCCCCCUCUUUCCUCACGUCUCUCUCCCCCUCUUUCCUCACGUCUCUCUCCCCCUCUUUCCUCACGUCUCUCUCCCCCUCUUUCCUCACCCAUGGCACCCCACGAUGACGUGGCGAAUCAUCCACCUGUGCCUGAUGACGUGGCAAGUCGUCCCCGCGUGUUGGUUCUGGGCUCUCCCUCUGUCGGCAAAACCACCCUCGCACACCGGCUCACAGCGGCACACCCCCACGAGUACAGCAGCAGCGGCUCCAACACGGCUGCAGGAGAGUGUUUCAGCUGGCAGGUGGACACCAAGUACUACACGGCAGCAGUGGCCGUGUGGACGGCGCGCCUCUCCUCUGUGCUGCCCUGCGGCACCACCACCGGCCCCGCCUCGCCCCUCGUCACGGGCGCUGAGGCGCUGCUGCUCGUCUUCGACCUCUCCAAU